CCCAGAUCGCGAUCGCACUGCGCACGUGGAUGAGUGCACGAAAUUCUUGUGCCUUCAGCCACCACUGCAAAAGUGCAUACUACUCGGAGGUCGCGCACUUACUCGCCGCGUACGCAGGCACAUCACAUCCUACUCAUCACCACUCCUGUAAUCAAGACUAAUGGCGGUAGUCGCGGCCGAGGCAGGACCCAGCAGUCCCCCUCCUCGCAAGCGCGCUCGCGUCGAUCAUGGAGGGCCUCAAAAAGCCUCGCAGCCCCGCCUCUUUGCACCGUUCCGGGCACUUGGGCUCAUCACAAAUGAUGUGCCGUUUGUCAUGCAGACUCGCUCUCACAAAGGCGCAACGGAUGGUCCAAGGAUACAUCUAGUAACUUGUCUGGGGAGGUCUUGGGCAAUGUGGGAGGGAGGCAAGAUUGGGCUUCUGUUCGUCGGACCUGACGCACCCGAGCGGAUAACAUGUCUUGCCAUGGAGGGCAACUCCGUAUGGGCGGCGAGUGGACCUCAUGUCAUACAAUACAUUCGUGGUAAAGAGGUCGGAAGGUUGACCAACCCACUCGAGACAAACAUCGCCUCAGUCCUUGUUCUCGGCUCCCAGCUGCUCGCCCUCACUGAGGACGGUACUCGGAUGCUCGUAUGGAACGUUGAUAGCGGGGAGUUGGCGGCCAACGUCCAGUUCGACUCUGACUUCGUGGCUACCACCAUGCUGCAUCCCUCCACCUAUCUGAACAAGAUCCUCGUUGGAAGCAGUCAGGGCAACAUGCAACUGUGGAACAUCAAGACCCAAACCAAGAUACACACAUUCUCCUUCUCGUCCCUCGCGACAAAAUCGACGAAACAGGUUAAUCAGCCUCCAGCCGCCAUCACAGCACUCGUUCAGUCGCCUGCUAUUGACGUGGUCGGCAUAGGCUUUUCCUCUGGGGAGAUCUCAGUCUACGAUGUACGGGCUGACGAGCGGCUGAUGAAGAUGACCAUGCAGGACGGUGCUAUACGUUCUAUGUCAUUCCGCAGCGAUGGACAGCCGGUUCUAGCUUCGGCAUCUACCAAUGGUCAUAUCGCGUUGUGGGACCUCAAUUCUGGGGGUCAGUUACUCCACCUCAUGCGCGGAGCCCAUGACGGCGCGGUUACUGCCGUGGAAUGGGUUCCUGGACAGCCUCUCCUCAUCAGCUCUGGGGAUGACAACAGCAUAAAGCAAUGGUUCUUCGAGUCGCCUACAGCACCACCGCGAUUGCUCAAAUUUCGCUCUGGACACCAUGCACCUCCACAUCUGAUCCGAUACUACGGUGACGAUGGGAAGCAGCUGCUGACAGCAUCUACGGAUCGUAGUCUGAGAUGCACCAGUGUCGUUCGAGACUCGAGGAGCUUCGAAAUGAGCCAAGGCCAUCUGGCGAAGAAGGCUACGAGCCUCUCGAUCCCCUUGACGUCGCUGAAAUUCCCACCUGUGAUCGCUAUCGCAUACUCGACGACAAGAGCGAAAGACUGGGAUGACAUCCUGACCGGACAUGCAGAGGAGACGUUUGCGCGGACAUGGACUACGAAGGACAAGAAGCUCGGCAAGCACGUCUUCGGCUUCGGUGAUGGAGGCAAGAAGGGUGCUCCUGUCGGUGCUGUCACCGCUGUAUGCGUAUCUGCCUGUGGUAAUUUUGGCCUGACCACGUCGUCAACUGGUGCUGUCUACAUGUACAACAUGCAGUCCGGCAUCUUGCGCAAGACAUUCAGCGUUGGAGCGUGCCCGCCAGAAGCGGCGAGCAGGCCCAGCCCCUCAUCGACGACAACAUCGAAGAAGAAAUCGCAGGAGCGGUGUAUGACGGGGCUGGCCACCGACGCGCUAAACUCAGUAGUGAUUGCGAGCACGCUGGAUGGCACUGUCAACUUCUUCGACUUCCAUACAGCAAAAUUAGAGAAGACGCUCGUUCUGCCUUGUUCCGCGCUCUCCAUCGCUCUUCACCGUGAUAGUGGUUUGCUGGCUGUCGUGUGCGAUGACCGCGUAGUUCGUCUGGUGGAUAUCGAGACAAGGAUAGUCGUCAGAGAGCUUCGGGGCCACCGAGGCCGCGUACUCGAUCUGACCUUCUCUCCGGACUCAAGAUGGCUCGUCACAACCUCGUUGGAUUCCAUCAUUCGCACCUUCGAUAUCCCGACAGGUCGGCUCAUCGACGCCUUCCGCACGCCCAGUGUCGCCACUAGCGUGGCAUUCUCCCCGACGAAUGAUUUCCUCGCGACAUCGCAUACCGACAGCGUCGGCGUGUACCUAUGGGCGAAUCGUGCUCAGUACUCGGACGUGACCUUCCAGAGUGUGUCGGACGAGGAAAAUGUCAUGAACGUAUCAUUGCCAUCUAUGCAAGGCACUGCGGAAGAUGAGGCACUUGAAGCCCUAUCCUCCCUCACCCUCGUCGGUCAAGAAAAGCCCACAGAUGUCUUCCUCAUGCCCCCACAUCUGGACGGUGACCUGGUCACGCUCUCCCUGCUACCACGAUCUCGUUGGCAAACCCUCCUCAACUUCGAGGUCAUACAGCAGCGGAACAAGCCGAAGGAGCCUCCCAAGGAACCAGAGAAGGCGCCGUUCUUCUUGCCGACAUUGCCUGGAGUCGAGGAGAGGUUCACGAUCCAAGAGCCGCAGAUACAGGAGGCGGAGAAGAGCAAGACGCAGACCAAGCGGUUGCAGAAGGCUGCAGCCGUGUCGGAGAGUACAUUCCAUAAGAAGCUCGCUGCUGCUGAUCCUGACAGUGAUUAUGAGGAUUUCUUUGCUUAUGCGAAGACUCUGUCACCCGCUGCCAUGGACCUCGAGCUCCGUUCGCUCGUUACUCUCGACGACUUUCGGAUGUUCCUGGCUGCCCUGACAUCCCGCCUCAAGUCACAUCGAGACUUCGAAGCGGUUCAGACAUUCCAAAGCGUCUUCUUGCGCAUGCAUGGAGACGUUUUUGUCUCAAAUCCAGAACUUCAACAGGAAGUGGAAACGCUCCGGGCUGUCCAGCGGAAGGAGAGCGAGAAGCUUCUGGAGCUGCUCGCGUCUUCAAUGGGUACUCUCAGCUUUGUCCGAGAUACUAUGUAAUUCUGUAGCACUCGAAGGAAUGUUCGCGUGGAUAUCUUUGUAUAGCCUACUGUCGUCUCGUAUGUGCCACUGGCAUGACUCGCGAUAGUACAAGCAACUCACUACGUGGAA